GCAAGGUGAAGCGGGCACCAGAUUCAGGGUGCACAAGGCUCUCUCUGCAGUGUUUGAUUUCACUCAAGCCUCCAAGAAGAACCCGUAUUAAGAGUUUCUCUUUAACAUGAUUGGUCUGCUCCAUCCAGCGUUGUUGAGUCAUUGAAAUUAUGAAACUGUCAUUCCAAUGGAAGCAUUAUAGUUCUUCGGAACCAUUAUGAUCUCAAAAGGAAAGGAGAAUGAUACAGAUAAACUGGCUGAGGUGUUUUGAGGUGCAUCGAAGUGUUCCAGCCUGUGGCUUACCUUAACAUGUUCUUGAAGUACCAUGGCGUGGAUUAAAAGAAAAUUUGGUGAGCGGCCUCCACCUAAACGACUUACUAGGGAAGCUAUGCGAAAUUAUUUAAAAGAGCGAGGGGAUCAAACAGUACUUAUUCUUCAUGCAAAAGUUGCACAGAAGUCAUAUGGAAAUGAAAAAAGGUUCUUUUGCCCUCCUCCUUGUGUAUAUCUUAUGGGCAGUGGAUGGAAGAAAAAAAAAGAACAAAUGGAACGCGAUGGUUGUUCUGAACAAGAGUCUCAACCGUGUGCAUUUAUUGGAAUAGGAAAUAGUGACCAAGAAAUGCAGCAGCUGAACUUGGAAGGAAAGAACUAUUGCACGGCCAAAACAUUGUAUAUAUCUGAUUCAGACAAGAGAAAGCACUUCAUGCUCUCUGUAAAGAUGUUCUAUGGCAAUAGUGAUGACAUUGGUGUGUUCCUCAGCAAGCGGAUAAAAGUCAUCUCCAAACCUUCCAAAAAGAAGCAGUCAUUGAAAAAUGCUGACUUAUGCAUUGCCUCAGGAACAAAGGUGGCUCUGUUUAAUCGACUUCGAUCCCAGACAGUUAGUACCAGAUACUUGCAUGUAGAAGGAGGUAAUUUCCAUGCCAGUUCUCAGCAGUGGGGAGCAUUUUACAUUCAUCUCUUGGAUGACGAUGAAUCAGAAGGAGAAGAAUUCACAGUCCGCGAUGGAUACAUCCAUUAUGGACAAACAGUCAAACUUGUGUGUUCAGUUACUGGCAUGGCACUCCCAAGAUUGAUAAUUAGGAAAGUUGAUAAGCAGACCGCAUUACUGGAUGCAGAUGAUCCUGUGUCACAGCUCCAUAAAUGUGCAUUUUACCUUAAGGAUACAGAAAGAAUGUACUUGUGCCUUUCUCAAGAAAGAAUAAUUCAGUUUCAGGCCACUCCAUGCCCAAAAGAACCAAAUAAAGAGAUGAUAAAUGAUGGCGCUUCCUGGACAAUCAUUAGUACGGAUAAGGCAGAGUAUACAUUUUACGAGGGGAUGGGCCCUGUCCUUGCCCCAGUCACACCGGUGCCUGUUGUAGAAAGUCUUCAGUUGAAUGGCGGUGGGGACGUAGCAAUGCUUGAACUUACAGGACAGAAUUUCACUCCAAAUUUACGAGUGUGGUUUGGGGAUGUAGAAGCUGAAACUAUGUACAGAUGUGGAGAGAGUAUGCUCUGUGUUGUCCCAGACAUUUCUGCAUUCCGAGAAGGUUGGAGAUGGGUCCGGCAGCCAGUCCAGGUUCCAGUAACUUUGGUCCGUAAUGAUGGAAUCAUUUAUUCCACCAGCCUUACCUUUACCUACACCCCAGAACCGGGGCCACGGCCACAUUGCAGCGCGGCAGGAGCAAUCCUUCGAGCCAACUCUAGCCAAGUGCCCCCUAAUGAGUCAAACACAAACAGCGAGGGGAGUUACACAAAUGUCAGCACAAAUUCAACCAAUGUCACGUCAUCUACAGCAACAGUUGUGUCCUAACUACCGUCUUUUUGCUAGGACUUACACUGACUUGAGUGCGGCAAAAUGUUGACAAAAAAAGAAAGAAAAAAAUGAACAAUCUUUUGUGGUUUCUUGGGAAAACUUUUCGUACCCGGUGAUACUAUUCAAAAACCCCAUUACCUGCAAGUGCUGAUUUGAAGUGCAGAAGCCACAGUAAAACAAACAAAAAAACAUCAAAAUGUGCAAACUUUUGGAAAUUGAUUUUUUUCAACUGUUAUUUUUGGUUGGUUGGUUUUUGUUUGGUUUUGUUUAAAUGGGCAAGAAAUAGAGAUGUGGCUGGAGUAAAAGGUAAUCAAACUAGAAGACGAAAAUCUCACAUAGUUUUUAUGGACCAAGGAACUUGUACAAGCUUUAGUAAAAGGUACAUUUUCACCAUACCUUUUUUAUAUCGCAGUAUAUAUAGUACACCUUUGUUACCAAAUAGGUUGUUCUCCUCCCCACCCCCUUGGAGCUUUUGCUCUUAAGUACAUUCAGGUUCCAAGCCUGACCAUGCUUGUUUAAUCUAAUUACCAUACUCCUCCAGGUCUUUUUGGUCUAAGGCUGGAACUGUUCUUUUUAUUUUAUUAUUUUCUUUAAAAGCUGAAGUCUUAUGACUUUUCAUGAGUGGAAGGUGUUUUGAUUUCAGCAAGUCAAAUCUUGUAAAGGCCUGCAUAUUUCUUUUAAGAUUAUUUGAAGUCUGUGCAAAAGCUUUAAAAAAAAAUGCCUCUGCCUUGCCUGCAAUACAUGCAACGUACGUUGACUUAGUCUCAAUUCUCAGACACCGUUGAUAGUUAUUUCUGUGUUCCUUUUUUUAAAAAAAUGUAUAUAUAGUUGUAAUCCAAGAGGUUUUAACAUUUACCUGGAAUUAAAUGUGGCCAUUUAGCCAUUAAUGAGUUAAUGGCGUGGAACAUGUUGGUUUUUACAGUGUUCCCUUCCCUUUUCCUGUGCAGAAAUGUAUCUAUGCGGUCCAGGAUUUGUUCAGGUUUUCCCUCCUCCUAAUCUUGUACAUAACUUGUAUUAUGUGUAAGUUAAACAUUUUAUUUUGAAGCUAGAA